AUGUCCUUAGAAAAGAUAAAAGAUCUCGACCUGGAUGAAAAAUACCUACAACCAGAAACUAAAGAAGUGAAUGGGGUCCUCAUGACCAAGAUGAUCAGUGAUAAUUGGGACAAAAUAUGGAACUUCCAAGCAAAGCCUGACGACCUCCUAAUAGCAACUUAUGCAAAGGCAGGUACCACCUGGACACAAGAGAUUGUAGAUAUGAUCCAAAAUGAUGGAGAUGUGCAGAAAUGCCAGAGGGCUAACACCUUUGAUAGGCAUCCUUUCAUUGAAUGGACUCUCCCGCCACCCCUCAAUUCGGGUCUGGAUUUGGCCAACAAAAUGUCUUCUCCUAGAACUCUGAAGACUCAUCUGCCAGUUCAGAUGCUCCCACCUUCAUUUUGGAAAGAAAAUUCAAAGAUUAUAUAUGUGGCUAGAAAUGCCAAGGACUGUCUGGUGUCAUACUACCAUUUCUCAAGAAUGAACAAAAUGGUGCCUGAUCCUGGCACAUGGGAGGAAUAUGUUGAGACAUUCAAAGCUGGUAAAGUGCUGUGGGGUUCCUGGUAUGACCACGUAAAGGGAUGGUGGGGUGUCAAAGACCAACACCGCAUACUCUAUCUGUUCUAUGAAGACAUGAAGGAGGACCCAAAGCGAGAAAUUCAGAAGAUAGUGAAGUUCCUGGAGAAAGACAUUUCAGAGGAAGUACUUAAUAAAAUCAUCUAUCAUACAUCUUUUGAUAUUAUGAAGCAAAAUCCAAUGGCCAAUUAUACCACUUUGCCUACCAGCAUCAUGGACCAUUCCAUCUCCCCUUUUAUGAGAAAAGGGAUGCCAGGGGACUGGAAGAACUAUUUUACUGUGGCACAGAAUGAAGAUUUUGACAAGGACUACCAGAAGAAGAUGGCAGGAAGCACCUUGACCUUCCGCACAGAGAUCUGAGAGUUACUGGAGACAGGCACGACUUCUUUACUAGGAUUUAGACAUUUGAGCCUAAUGAUCAUUGAUACUUAAAACAAAACUUAAAAUACUCUCUUGAUACUGAGAUUUUGAAAGCUCUCUAAUUAUAAUGUUACUAUAACAUACUUCA